CCGCUGCUCCCGCUGCUCCUGGGUCGGGGGCUGCGUGCAGGGGCCGCGGCCUCCUCUGCUAGGGCGGCGGCCGAGGACAGUAGCGCCAUGGAGGAGCUCGCAACUGAGAAGGAGGCGGAGGAGAGCCACCGGCAGGACAGCGUGAGCCUGCUCACCUUCAUCCUGCUGCUCACCCUCACCAUCCUCACCAUCUGGCUGUUCAAGCACCGCCGGGUGCGCUUCCUGCACGAGACCGGACUGGCCAUGAUCUACGGGCUCAUCGUUGGGGUGAUCUUGAGGUAUGGCACUCCUGCCACCAGUGGCCGUGACAAGUCACUCAGCUGUACUCAGGAAGACAGGGCCUUCAGCACCUUAUUGGUGAAUGUCAGUGGGAAGUUCUUUGAAUACACCCUGAAAGGAGAAAUCAGCCCUGGCAAGCUCAACAGUGUAGAGCAGAAUGAUAUGCUGCGGAAGGUAACAUUCGACCCAGAGGUGUUUUUCAACAUUUUGUUGCCUCCGAUUAUUUUCCAUGCUGGAUACAGUUUAAAGAAGAGACACUUUUUCAGAAAUCUUGGAUCUAUUCUGGCCUAUGCCUUCCUGGGGACUGCUGUUUCUUGCUUCAUUAUUGGAAAUCUCAUGUAUGGUGUGGUGAAGCUCAUGAAGAUUGUGGGGCAGCUCUCUGAUAAAUUUUACUACACAGAUUGUCUCUUUUUUGGAGCAAUCAUCUCUGCUACGGACCCAGUGACUGUGCUGGCUAUAUUUAAUGAACUGCACGCAGAUGUGGAUCUUUAUGCACUUCUGUUUGGAGAGAGCGUCCUAAAUGAUGCUGUUGCCAUUGUACUGUCCUCGUCUAUUGUUGCCUACCAACCAGCAGGGUUGAACACACAUGCUUUUGAUGCAGCUGCCUUUUUUAAGUCAGUUGGCAUUUUUCUAGGUAUAUUUAGUGGCUCCUUUACCAUGGGAUCUGUGACUGGUGUUGUGACUGCUCUGGUGACCAAAUUUACCAAGCUGCACUGCUUCCCCCUGCUAGAGACAGCACUCUUCUUCCUGAUGUCCUGGAGCACGUUUCUCUUGGCAGAAGCGUGUGGAUUCACAGGUGUUGUAGCUGUCCUUUUCUGUGGAAUCACACAAGCUCAUUAUACCUACAACAAUCUAUCAGUAGAAUCAAGAAGUCGCACCAAACAGCUGUUUGAGGUGCUGCACUUCCUGGCAGAGAAUUUCAUCUUCUCCUACAUGGGCCUGGCGCUGUUUACCUUCCAGAAGCAUGUCUUCAGCCCCAUCUUCAUCAUUGGCGCUUUUGUUGCCAUCUUCCUGGGCAGAGCUGCGCAUAUCUACCCGCUCUCCUUCUUCCUCAACUUGGGCAGAAGACAUAAGAUUGGCUGGAAUUUUCAACACAUGAUGAUGUUUUCAGGGCUCAGGGGGGCGAUGGCAUUUGCAUUGGCCAUCCGGGACACAGCAUCCUACGCUCGCCAGAUGAUGUUCACAACCACUCUCCUCAUCGUUUUCUUCACUGUCUGGAUCAUCGGUGGAGGCACGACACCCAUGUUGUCAUGGCUUAAUAUAAGAGUUGGUGUUGACCCAGAUCAAGACCCACCGCCUAACAACGACAGCUUUCAAGUCUUACAAGGGGAUGGCCCAGAUUCUGUUGGAGGAAACCGGACAAAGCAGGAGAGUGCGUGGAUAUUCAGGCUAUGGUACAGCUUUGACCACAAUUACUUGAAACCCACUCUUACACACAGCGGCCCCCCACUAACCACCACUCUCCCUUCCUGGUGUGGCUUGCUAGCUCGAUGUCUGACCAGUCCCCAGGUGUAUGACAACCAAGAACCACUGAGAGAGGAAGACUCUGAUUUCAUCCUAACUGAGGGUGACCUCACCUUGACCUAUGGAGACAGCACAGUUACAGCGAAUGGCUCCUCGGGCUCCCACACAGCGUCCACAAGUCUUGAGGGUGGUCGGAGAACAAAGAGCAGCGCUGAGGAAAUGCUGGAGCGAGACCUGGGAAUGGGAGACCAGAAGGUUUCCAGCCGGGGAACCCCCCUUGUGUUCCCUCUGCAGGAAAAUGCGUGACUUUCCCCUAAACUCAGAAGCAGUGGGGUCAGCCUCUGGGGGGAGGGGUUGAGGAUGGCUGCAACCCCAGUGUUGUUUGAUUGGAUUGAAGUAACCUUCUAUUUUAUCAGGGUCUGAAGCUAUCUUAACACUGAAAAUUUAACCCAAGAAGCAGACAGUGAAGAUAAAGUGUCAGACCUAUUCCCACUUUUUCACAUAGUAGUGCGCUGUUUCGGAGUUAAGCAAACAAAAACAUAGCAUGCUUUAAUGGUCUCUUAAUUCAUCAGCCUGCAACAUCUGUCCAAGGUGAGGCAGGUAUUGAGGAUUCUGCCCAGGACAGGCUUCAGCCCCCUACUCAGCAGUGCCCAUCUGGCUGGCUGGAGGAAUGCCAAGUGAAGGGGAACAUUCUAGAAGAGAGACCAUGAAGGAAGGCAAUUGAGUUCGGAUCGCUGUGAUACUAGUGUAAAGCGGGACAGAAAAGGCUGUUUGAGUGGAGGCUCUGGCAGUGAAGGGAAGGCUGCACAACUGCAUCCUUCUAUCUGGACUCCCGAGUCUCUGCUACAUGUGCUUCUUCUGGACUGAAGAGUAGAAAACAUAUCUGUGAACAUUUCAAUAUGGGGGGGAGAAGUACAGUUCCUUCUCUGGAAAUCUCCAUAAGGAAGAAGUUAUGAAAUGUUUAAAACCAAAGGCAAAUAGUGUUGCACUGUUGUUUUGUAAACUAGUCUGAAGACAGGAGCUGUUUAGAAACAUAAUAUCACUGCAGAAAUCACUCACCUUUUGAAGGCUAACAUGCGAGCUGACUGGGGAGUAUUAGUAGCAUUGAGUUAUCUACUGAGGAGGUACAGAUGACACCAACAUUUGUAAGAUGCUUACAUCUGAGGAAAAGAAGGCGACAAGAAACUGAAGAGGCAAUAAGCUAGUAUUCAGAGGGGAAAAACUCAUUGAAAAAUCACCUGCAAAGAAAAUAUAAUUUAGGAGUCUCAAAACUGGGUCAAACUUUGAUUCCAAACUUUGAGCUGAUGUAUGUGUGUGAUUUCAGUGGCCACACAUGGAGCUGGAGGCAAGGCAGUGGACCAUUAAACAUUAUCUGACCCAGUAGAAAGUUGUAUCUUCUGUAAGAUUAGGACUCCACAUGUUUUGAUACCAAGUGCCACACAGCGAGGAGUCAUUUUCUUCGUAUCUGGGGAGGCUCUUGAAGUACCUUGAUGUGUAGAUGUGGUUUGAA